CCAGUUCAUACAAGAGAGAGGAACAAAUGCAUACAUAUAUGUGUUUACGCCUGUGUAUCCACAAUGUUCAUCUUUUGGUUAUUUGUCAGUAUCAUGGGUGUAUUUUGCCCUUGUUCAGGCGAGGAUCUUCUGCACGCGUACUCACCUGGGGACAUCAUCAUUGGAGGACUUUUCCCUAUUCACAUACAAACAAACAGAAACACAACACCGGGACCACUCACCUGUAGAAAUUAUGAUCUCCAAAUGUUCCUACGCACUCAAGUGAUGAUAUACGCCAUCAGUGAAAUAAACCAGCGCACACCAAGGGUUCUACCCAACUUCACCAUAGGAUAUGACAUCUAUGACACUUGCGGAGAUGUCAGCCUUGCCAUCAGAGCAACUCUCCAGCUGCUGACCCCUGAGAGCUGUUUAGAGCCAUCUUUAGUUCCACCUGCUUUACCUGAACCCAAAACAAAGGCAGUAAUUGGUGAAAGAUAUUCUGAAGUGUCAGUAGCUGUUGCACGAGUUGUUGCUUUGUCAGCUGUUACCCAGAUUAGCUAUGGAUCAACUAGCGAGCUGCUCAGCAAAAAGUUGAAGUUCCCCACUUUUCUGCGAACGGUAUCUAGUGAUGAAUAUCAGACAAAGGCCAUUGCUGAGCUGGUGUGGCAGUUUAAAUGGCAAACAGUGGUCAUUGUAGGAAGUGAUGAUGAGUACGGGAAGUAUGGCAGAGACAGCCUUGUGGACAUAUUCAGUCAAAUGAAGGACGUCUGCGUUGAAUUCACCAUCAUCCUGCCUGGUUACUUUUCCCAGAACAAUAACCAAACCCAAAAUUUGCUGCAUUCGUUGGUGACCAACAUCAGCAAGUCCUCUGCAGAGGCCAUCAUCAUCUUCACCAAGGAUGUCAAUGCUGGUAUCAUCAUGGAAGCAGCUAUUAAACACAACCUCAACAGAACUUGGAUUGCAAGUGAUGCAUGGUCCACCUACACAAAGCUCUCUGCAAUGCCAGGCAUCGAGAAGGCCGGGGAGGUUUUUGGAUUCAUCUCUCAAAGGCAUGAAGUGCCUGGUUUUAAAGACUACAUCAUCUCGAUGUUCAAUGGAACCACUAACGCCAUUCUCGAAGAUUACCUGAACCUUUGUUCUAAUCCAGCUGAGGAGAACAAAGAAAGUAACUGCUCACUAAACAGCCAAGAGGGGUCCGAGCAGUGUCUGGACCUAAGCUGCUUGGCCAGUUACAUUGACCAGGAUGAAUCAUUCAAUAUCUACCUAGCUGUUCAGGUCAUUGUUGAAGGCCUCAGACGCUUGCUGAAGUGUGACAACCACAAAUGUGAACGUAACGCCACAUUUACAGCCUUGGAGCUUCUUAUGGAAAUCAAAAAAGUCAACUUCACUGUGAAAACCACACAUAUAUUCUUUGACUCCAAUGGAGACCCCAGUUUAGGAUAUGAUAUUGUUUAUUGGAACAUGACUGAACAGGGCACAAACAUAAAAACUAUUGGAGUAUUCUGGCCAGGUCAAAAAAUCAAAGUCCCAGAAGAUCUUGUUAAACUGCGCCAAGUGGCGGUAACUGCUUACAACUGCUCUAAAACAUGUAAACCAGGGCAGGAGCUGAAAAACCAAGGCAAGAUGUGCUGCAAUGAUUGUGUUCCGUGUGCAGAUAGAGAGUUUUCCGCUGAAAAUGGUGGUAAAUGUAAAAACUGCGGUCCAGAUCAGUAUUCAUCUCCACAGAGGGAUAAGUGUGUGAACAAAACUGAUGAAUUCCUACAGUGGUCAGAUCCAUUCACUAUCAUUUUAAGUUCCUCUGGAGUCUUUGGGAUAAUUGCUUCCAUUGUCUUUUCUAUUUUGUUUGCAAUCUAUCAUAGCACUCCGAUUGUGAAAGCUGUUGGAGGUUACUUGUGUUUCUUGGAGCUUUUUUCCUUGCUGGUCUGCUUCUGCCUUACAUUUAGCUUCUCAGGAAGACCCACAGUGGCUUCCUGCAUGGUAAGCCUGCCGCUCUUCGGCAUAGCCUUUACCCUCUGUAUCUCCUGUAUUCUGGCCAACCUGCUCCAAAUCUUAGUGGGCUUCAACUUUGACCUGAAGAUAGGGCCCUGGGUGCAGAAGCUCAACAAGCCGAUGGCUGUGGUGACCAUUGUCUCCGGGAUCCAGGUGGCCUUGUGUGUGCCAUGGCUGUUCCUUUCCCCCCCAAAGCCUACUCAACAACAUUUUGACAAGACCAUCCUGCAUCUGUGUGACAGUGGCUCUAUGAACUUCUUCAUUGCGAUGUUGGGCUACAUCGCUUUCUUGGCCAUCGUUAGUUUUCUGUUUGCAUUCAAAGGAAAACAGUUGCCAGAUUUGUAUAAAAAUGCAAGUUUAAUCACCACCAGUAUGCUGCUGUUUUUAAUUAUUUGGAUCCUCCUCAUCCCAAUUUAUAUCAAUUUGGUUGGGGUGUACAAACAAGCCAUUGAAAGUGCAGCCAUUCUAAUUUCAAGCUACAGCAUCCUUGGGUGUCACUUGGCCCCAAAGUGUUACAUUAUGAUGUUCAGGAAAGAGAUUAAUAAUGAGAGGGCCAUUACUGAGCACAUCAGAAAGCAUUAUGAGCAGAAUGAUAUGGCUGUGAAAUAAUAAUCUCAUAUGCAUAUCCAUUAAGUCUUUGCUGGUGCUAGGUAACAAUUGUCCGCACAGAAAGUUCUUCCUGUGUUGAAAUCAUAGCAACUGUAUUCCUCUCUGACUACUUUAACAUUUGUGUUUUGUGCCCACAAAAAUCUGGGUUUUUAACGUUA